AUCAAGUGAUCGAAAUUUCUGAGAUGGCCCGUCCCAAAAAAAUCUUGCCCAUAUCUGAAGAAAAUUCAUCAUCCACAUCUCAAAUCGCUUCAGCUAAGGCAGACAAUGAUGACGAUGAGUAUUUUUAUUCUGAAGAUGGGGAAGUGAAAGGAGCGAAUGAAGAGGUGUCAAAGAAUCAAAAACUAGUAUUUUGUAGGUUGCCGGAUCAUCAUCACUUCUCACGUCACUUUGGUAAUGUGGCCUCUCCAAGAUUAUUUCAACCUGCUGAAUCCAGACGUUCAAUCCUCAUCAAAAUUGGGCUGGUAGAUGUUGAUAUAUUUGCGUUCCUAGAUCGUUAUGGCAAGUCGGACCCUCCCUGGUCCUUUGAACCACAGGAGAUAACCUAA